CACAGCCGGAGAUGUCUCCCUCUUCCCCAUCUCAGGCACACAAGCCCUAAACCCGUGCAUGGCAUUCCCCGCCUCUCGCCGUCUCUCCGCCGCCGCCGCUCCGAAACUCUCCUCCCUCUUCACGCCCGGACCCACUCCUAAGCCUCGCCCGCUGCCGCCGGAGUCCGGCGAUGAUCCUAGGCGGCGGAAGCCGAGGCCGAGAUCAAGGCACCCGUGGGGGGAGGAUGCUGCAGCGCUUCUCCGGCGGCUUCACGAGGGGCGAUACCUGCCGGGACCCUACCUCCCGGAUGCGCCGCAUGUAGUAUCCCCCGACGCUGUCAAGGCCGCCGCCGAGCGGUUCGGCAACGAUCACCAGGUCGUCGCCAAAUGGUUGUCGGGAAGUGACUUGAAGAAGGUAGCAUUGUUUGGCUGCCCAUCUGUUGAGCGAAGAACAGUUUUUGCAUCAAAAAGAUUACGAGCUUUCUUCAACUUGCCAGAAGAGAAAGUAUGCAGCUCUUGCAAGAUAAGAAGUUCAUGCCAGUUUAUUAACCAGGAGGUGCCUAGGUAUGAUAAAGUGAUCUUGUCAGAUACUAUGAGGAUCCUUGCUUUGUUUGUACUGGAUGCAUAUCCUGAGCCACUACAGGUUACUGCUGAAGUAAAAGCUAGUGUCCGCAAACUUCUCAAGGACACCAUAAAUCUAAGCAUUUAAGUGCUUUGAGGAUAAUUCGUAAUCAGUGGAGGUACUAUGUACAUGUCAGGUAGAUUUAGGUUCAUUUUCCCACUCUUAAUUUUCUUUUGUGCCUCAAGCAUUGUAACAUGACCUGAAGCAACUAAUAGAGUGAUGGCCACAUUUAUUUGAUGUUCAUGUUUCAUUCAGACAAUACCUGAAAGUUAAGACUGCUGA